CUUUAUUGGCCACUUUAGGCUAUUUGGUAAAGAGACCAGCAGAGACUUCAUUAUUGAGAGACUAUGAACCCUGCUUAUGUCUUAACCCAAAUGAAAACUCCUUACAAAUAUAGUUCUUAUCAUUUCACAGAGAAAAACAGCCUUAACAUCCGGUGCAACCAAAGCAACACCAUGAUGAACUCAUGAAUGAAAAAGUACCAUAGAGUUGAAUAAAUGUACACUGCACUUACAAACACAUUACUCUUCUACACGUAUGUGACAUCUGUAAUGUAACGUGUUCCUUUGCAGUGUCAUACACAUGAUCAGCAAAUAAAAUAGGAUGCAUUGUUAUAGAUUCAUCCAGCAGUAUAUGAAGCACUUCUGUUUUAAAGAGUGUUUCCUGACUUGGUGAACAUGGGGUUAAGUUUCCCUCCUCUGCCGAGCGUUGAUCCCUCAUAAUGGGAUGUGCCACCGAGUCGCUCUGCUGGUCUAAGCUACAGCAGGUCAACAUAUUCAGUGCAAGAGGCGGGCCUAUUUGCAGGAAAGAUGAGCUGUGGACUCAGUGCUGCUCAGUAUUUUCAUCGAUGAGGAGCUCACUGACCGCCUCAGACACACAGACAUGGUGACACGUGGAUUUUUGUGGCUGAGAGGAGACACCGGCCAACGGGACGAUUAACAGGUCGUCGCAUGGGUGUGUAUCGGCGUCCCGCACUGCCCCGCUCUCCUUCUCACUCCGGGACCCGGCGAUGCGCUCUUUAAAGGAAACUGGUUUCACAGAGACAUCCGGAAAACGCAUCCAUGCGCCACGGCUAGUCCGCAUCCCGAUAUGCCUCUGACAACACAAAGCCUGGUUUCAAGGAGCUCCCAUAAGAAGCCACACAUGCAAAUCGGCAUGGGUGCGUCAACACGGUUAUCUCGCUAUAUUUUGCGGACGAGGCUUUGGAGCGCAGUUGUGCAAUGAGACAAUCGGGAAUUAUCAAGUAGACUUUAUUGAUAGGCUACAAAAUUCGACAAUAUGGCUGAUCAGAGCAACAUCCAGUCCGCCGCCUCCAAGAGUAUCCGGCCUUUUAAAUCCAGCGAAGAAUACCUGUACGCCAUGAAGGAGGAUCUGGCUGAAUGGCUGAACACCCUGUACGAUCUGGAUAUCAUUGCGGACACCUUUAUGGAUGGGCUGGGGACGGGCUGUGCCCUCUGUCGGCACGCCAACAACGUGAACCGCGCCGCGCAGGACUUCCAGCUGGAGUACCCGGAGGCUGCACAGCCCAUGAAGGUGCCAUCUAAAGAUGUUGUCUUCCAGUCACGCAAUGUUGUCUCUGGCUCGUUUGUGGCGCGGGAUAACGUGUCUAAUUUCAUCAGCUGGUGCAGGCAGGAGCUCUGGAUCAAGGACGUCCUCAUGUUUGAGACCAACGACUUGGUGGAGAGAUGCAACGAGAAGAAUUUUGUUCUGUGUCUCCUUGAGGUGGCGCGACGUGGAGCCAAGUUUGGCAUGUUGGCCCCCAUGUUGAUCCAGUUGGAGGAGGAGAUCGAGGAGGAGAUCCGGGACCAGGAGAGCCUACGGAUCGAUGCAGAGGAGCCAGCUGAGCAGAGCCCGCCCAGCAGGUGUUUCAGUCGGAAGGAGAGCAACCAGAGUGUGGAGACUGAAGAUGAACCUGAACCAGAGCCCUUCAUCUGGCCGCAGAAGAGAGUUUUGUGUGACAUGCGAAAUUUGGAUGAGUUGGUGCGUGAGAUUCUGGGCCGGUGUUCCUGUCCAGCUCAGUUUCCUAUGAUCAAAGUGUCAGAGGGGAAGUACAAAGUGGGAGACUCCAGUGCAUUGAUCUUCAUAAGGGUCCUUCGUACUCAUGUGAUGGUGCGUGUUGGAGGGGGCUGGGACACAUUAGAGCACUAUUUGGACAAGCAUGACCCAUGUCGCUGUGCUGCUUUUGCCCACCGCUACCACCAGGCUAAAGCCAGUGGCCAAGGUCAGGGAGCCCAUAGCAAGUCCUCGAGCGCCCACUCCUCGCGCUCCACCAGCCCAGGUCCACACUGGCGAAAUGAUGGCAUCGCACCUUACAAACCUCCUGACAGGCGCUCCUUGGAGCCCCCCUCUGCUCCAUGUGCCUCCUCCUCCUCCACACGGUCCGGACGCUCUCAGAACCCUUCUGUCCCCACCGAGCUGGACUCCGGUGCAGCUCGCAAUCUACUCCCACGGCCACCACGAGACCGCUCAGAACCCCGGCACUUUAAUCCUCUCAGGAAUAAGGAGACAAAGUUGCCAGUGACAAGACGUCUGUCUGGAGACAGUGACUCCUCUACAGCCUCCUCUAAGGGUGGAGGAGGCGGAGGAGGAGGAGGAGGAGGGGGCCGGUUUUCUCUGGGUGGUGCCUCACGGCGCUCUGGUAAUGAGGUAGUCCUGCUUGUCAAUCGCAAGGAGGGGAAGCAUGUGAUUGAGAGGACUGGAGCUGGAGAUCAGACCCCAUCUCUGCGUACCUCACUGCCCCGUGCACGCAGCCAAUCUCGGGAACGUCCUGUUCUCGCUCCGAUGCUCAAACCGAACCCACCGCAAGGAUCCACUGAUGGAUUGCGAACAUCCCGCACUGAGAGGGGGCGCUCUGUCGGAAACGAGGGCCCAAGGAGGCUCCAUGCUCCACGUUCUCACAGCCAGAGUAAGUUGACUAGCCGGACUCGGUCCAGUGAUGUCAGCCCGGGACCGGCUUCCUGCUACAGAGACCCUCAGCCCCCACCCCCAGACAGACGAGAGGACCUUCGGGCCAAACAAUUGCCCCCAUCAUCGCCCAGAAUAGGUGGUGGGUUCACCAAGAGGCAGUCGUCCUCAUGCUCUAACUCACCUGUUAAAGGUGUCCAGAACAACAACAACAGCCCCAGCAAGAAGAUUAUAACUACUCCCAGACCUCCUGCCCCUCGCUCACCCUCCAUAGGAAAAGGCAGAAUUCUGCCUCCAGUCAUCUCAGGUGGUCGACGUUCACCUCACUCAACUCCCCGCAACUUUCACCAUCAUGCUGCCCGCACCCCCCGGACGUCACAGAGCCCUCGCUCUGCUGGGAGAGGCCACCAUAGGAACUGGUCGUGCCUGGAGCGCCAGGAACCCGAGGAGGAAGCAGUGGGCCUUGGCUUCCAGAUGCUGCCAACACUAGACCCCCAGAGGGAGCAGGAACUAUAUCGCAGCUUUGAGGCUGAGUUUCUGGCUAAUACACAGCAGGUUAGGGGAGUGUCUUGUAGAGUCCCAGGUGGAGCGACCCUGCAGGGAGCUGGCACACAUUCAUUGCCAGCACCCACUGAUCCUAACGUCACUGACUCUGCCUAUUCCUCUUCUAACUCCUCCACCUCCUCCCUGAAUGUGGGGGCAAAGAUAGGAACUCUACCUGACCUCAGGGAAUCCAAGAGAACUAAUCCCCGUCACUUCCCACAGGAAGACCCCUUAAAUUUACUUUAUGGACACAAUUUUGGAGGACCUCACAACUUUGGUCAAGGAGAGCCGGAGCACUGGGGGGAGCAUGGAGGGGGUCUCAAGAAGCUCCCAGCCAUCUCUAGCUCCAUCGAGGAGAGGGAACCUCCAUCUUCCCUGCCUGGUCUUAGAGACACAGACAGAUUGAUGAAUCAGGUCCCCUCACAACCUGCUUUUCACUGUAGUAAUAUGAAUGGAGACCAUGGAGGUUUCCCCCCCACAGGGGGGCUGAAAGGUCAGCAGGGUCAGCUUGGCUGGGGCACAGGGCCUGAAGGUGAUAUUCCUCUGGAGAAUCACCAGCCAAACUUACCUUAUGACCUAGAAAAUGGUGAUGGCAGUGAUGAUCUCCCGCCCCCAGAGGCUUGUCCGUCUCCUGUGCCUCUUCCCCCCUCUGAGGACUGCUCCUUCCAGGAUUCAUCCAGUGAAAACUCUUCCAUGUGCUUUAGCCUGAGUGAAUCCCGCUCCGAAUCACCCCCCGCAUCUUCACCCCUGGCCAACGGGGACACUGAUGGAGAAGGGCUGCAGACUAACAAAGGACAAAAGAAGACCGACAGCGUAGCCUCUAACUCUAAGCACAAACUGAGAGACAGGAUGAAGCCUCGCAUUGACAACAGGCCAGAAAACAGCCCCUCACGUAUCCCCACCCCGCUCAGCUACAGAGAUCUGCAGGCUCGUGACACGUUUUCCCCAAGCCACACCCCACCGCUGUCCCCUCAGAGCUCGCGCUCUACUGGUCGUCCAGCCACAUGCAAGAGCCUGCACCAGGCCUUCGCAGAUAUGAUCCAUCCUCGACCAUGUUCCCCAGCCAUGGGAAACAAAGAUUGCUCCUUCCCUGGACAGGCAGGGAGCCUGGACACUGAAGCUUGGAUGUAAUACAGAUGACACAUGGGGUUGUUGUCAUGAACUUUGACUACUGUGUAAAAAAAAGACUUGAGAUUGGGCUAUAGACUGUUUUUUAUUGCAUGUCUAACACUCCUUCUUUCUCACUUAGUUUCUCCCCUGAAUAAAUGCAGGGGGUUCACAUCGCUUUUAUGUGCCAAGCCAAAUUAUUUAUUACCAAAGGAAUGGUCUUUACUAUUACUUUCACUGUAAUUUUAAUGUGUGCAUGGGGAUGCUUUUGCCAAUCAUAAGGUUUUUUUUUUUUUGCAAAGACACUUGUGAAAUUCUCAUAUUUGAUACAGAGCGAUAGAGGGAGAGCAUAUGUGCUGCCAUGUGCCCCGCUGAGGGGCAUGGUGAAGUGCCAGGGAUUUAAAGCUGCAACUCUAUAAACAGUGUAAACACUAAACCUUUAGUCAGAUGGAUUGGCUCCCUCUUGUGGUGUGCCACAGCAUCUCUGCUUGCCUUGAUAGUCAAAAUACUGGUAUGAUGACUGUGAUAUUUUCAGUCUCCACAUCUUCACAUAUGACUCCGUAUACUCACAUUUACAAUAUAAUAAUAGGUAACAUAGACAAAUGUACUCCCAUUAUUCCUCUGACUUUAAGAACACUACAAUCCCUGUAUAGUUGUCUGCUGUUAAUGAAUUUGUUAUGUCACCUUUUCACAACAAUUGAUGUAGUCGACAUAGAUAUUUGUUCUUAAUGUGUCACACGUUUUCGACAUUAUGUUUAACGCAGUAAAACAUUUAAACUUUUUUUCUACUUUUAAGUGGAUGAAGUGUAAAAAUAUGAGGAGCAGUGAAGGCUGUGUUACUUUGUGUCAUUGUCACUGAAGCAGAAAUGUUGGGAGCUCCUCUGACCAAACUGUACUCUGGAAUACAAUGCUACAUAUAUACAAAAGUCAAAGGCUAAGGAGAAUGAAUGUGUAAAUACAUAUCGAUGUGCUCACUGAUAGAUGUGAGUAUUUUGUAUAUACAAAGGCAUUGAAUAUACAGUUAAAUGUACAUAUUCACUGUAAUCAGUUCUGCCUUAGCUAUGCAAUAUUGGUGUUGGAAAUGCCUUGACAAUUCCCUUUGCCUUAAAAUGUAUUCGCAGGAUAGUUUUUGAAUGUUUUUGCUCAACAUCACUAAGAUCUAUUCGGUAACACUACAUUGCCAUCAUUUAUGAUAAUAGAAAUUGGAGAGUGUGAAUGUGGAAAUAAGUGAGGAACAUUGCCAAUUUUAUUCUUAAUGUAGGUGUACAAUUCAUGAUGAAGAUAUAUAAUUUAUUGCCUCUGAAUCCUAUUUGUUGUUUUGAAACACAAGAAGCCAGAUAACCUACUUAGCAGAUGGAAUUUAAAGACAAGGCACAAUGUGUGGUGACAUCUAGUGGCUAACGAAAGACAUGUUUAUUCACAGUCAAAAGAGAUACUGUUUUCUGAUUUUGGAAUUACAUGUUCCGGUGUUAAUUAGAGCCAAUGGUAUUAUAAGGUGAAGUUUGAUGGAUGAAGAAGGACUUUGACUUGAGUGUCUGAAUGUGUGCAACAGUGCAUGAAUAAUAGAUACUGUAACUGGAUAUUAGCGUCCUCUUGUGAAGCUCUUGCACAGUUGUCAAGAGUAUGAGAGGCUAGAGCCCCGCUACAGUACUUCUGUUUUUUGGUAUUUAACCGGUGUGGACUUUGUAAAAUAUAUUUGAAAGUGGAAACGUUUGACAUGUUGUCAAUUAAGAGAAGUUGGUGUUAAUUUGUUUUUCAUGUGUUUACAAUGGUUUUGAUGAAUUUCUCCCAGAGAAAUUGUGGAGACAAUGGCAGUAAAAAAAAGACAUUUGUGGAUAACAUCUUUUUGCAGGGCACUGACACAGUAAAUGGACUAGAAAAGAAUGAAAGUGCGCACAUAUUUGUGUACAUACGGUAUGAGAAUAUGUUCAGAGAUGGAGUGAAGAGGGGAGUAAUGUAGGUCUAAUUUAUUUAUUUAUGAAAUUAAGUCUCUUCGAGCUCAAGUUACAUCUUUGUCCCAAGUAAUAUUAAAUGAGCUGUAAGUCUUUCAGGAAAUCUAAAUGAGGUGGGGUCAACUGGUCAAAACAUUUGCAAUUUUAAGAUUUUUUUCUCAACAGUACAUUGUGAAGAGACAUAAUUAAGACAUAAAAGAGUAAUUAGAUUUAAUGAAGACUCCUAAAUACUACAAAUAAUUUGUAAUGUGUCAGUUUUGUAGAGCUACAUAUGUAGCUGGUUAUCACUUUCACCAGUACAAACAGAUUUCUAUCUGUUGUAUUCUUAUUGUUUUUAAUUUAAAUUUGUUUUGGCUUAUUUAAAGACAUUUGAACUUUGAUCAACUGGUGUUUAAAAUGUACCAGUUAUGUGAACUACAACUUCAUACAAACAUUUGGUUGUCAAUCACAAAAUAAUGAUUGUCCAUAAUUAACUCUUUGUCCUGCACAACUUUGCAAAUUUCAUGAAACUCUCUCUCCUUCUCUCUAUCCCUAAUAAACGAAAUCUGAAUGUUCAUGAUUUGACAAUUUCUUGUUUGCUAAUGUUUCUUUCACUAAAACUUCAGUUAAAUGUACAUAUUGCUUGGUAUUGUGGAAUUUGUAUGUAUGAAAUAGCAAUACUGCAAUAUUUCACAGGUUUUUUGAAGUUAUAAAAUGCAAUGUCAAGUUGUUCUUGUAAUAAAAAAAUUCC